CUCUAGCUCCCGAAUGGCCAAACAAACAGUAACCUGAAGCUUAGCUGACGGAGAUGGGCGUGUGCAUCACUUACUGACUGCAGUUCAAUUCAUGGCCGGUUUGCUGGCUGUCUGCAAAUACAGAGCUUGGAAUGCAGAGACUUUGCUGCUGCUUGAUACGCAGCUGAGCACAAACGUUGUGUCCCAAUGAAUUGUGGGCGCUCUAUGCGUGUCACUUGGAGACCUCAGUGUAAUAGAUAGGACACAGUAGGCCUGACACGUGGGUGGGUUUCACUGCACACGCCCCUAUGUGUAAGUUAUGGUGUGUGCAGGCUGAGAACUGGUAGCUGCUGUUGGUUUUUCUAUGAUUCUCCUGUUGUGAAAUGCAUUUCUCCAGUUAUCAAGUUUAUUAUAAAUGCUAAAUGACAACUCCUCCUUGAACAAGAUGAAUGAGGAGGAUCAGUAUAAGCACAUGCUGAGAAUCAUACAAGAAGGGCAACUGGGACUCCUCCAGGAGCAGCUGCAGAGGGAACCCCAUCUACUGGGUGCAUUGAAUGUCAAGCAUUUUGGGAAGUCUGGUGAUACUUUGCUGCACUAUGCUGCAAGACAUGGGCAUCUGUCUAUACUGACUUACUUGGUUGAGGCUGUUGGCAUGGAUGUGGAGGUGCUGAAUAAUGAUUACAAGAGGCCACUACAUGAAGCUGCAUCCAUGGGUCACAGGGACUGCCUGUUGUAUCUGCUUAGUAGGGGCACAGAGGUGGACUGCUUGAAAAAAGCCGACUGGACCCCACUAAUGAUGGCUUGCACCAAGACAAAACUGGAUAUUAUAAAAGAUCUUAUUGAGCACCGGGCUAAUCCAAUGCUGAAGAACAAAGAUGGCUGGAAUUGUUUUCACAUAGCUACUCGUGAGGGUGAUGUUGCCAUUAUCCAGUAUCUACUUGAUGUCUUUCCUGAUAUCUGGAAAACUGAGAGCAAGAUUAAGAGAACACCCUUACACACAGCAGCAAUGCAUGGCUGCUUUGAGGUUAUUGAAGUACUUUUAGAAAGGUGUAACUAUGAUCCUGACUGCAAAGACAGUUGUGGAGUGACUCCCUUCAUGGAUGCUGUGCAGAAUGGUCACCUUAGUAUUGCCCAGUUGCUCAUAGAAAAGAAAAAGGUCUGCUACUCAGCUUUUGACAGAAUGGGGGCUCAAGCCUUGCACCUAGCUGCAGUCACAGGACAAAAUGAAUCUCUCCAGUACCUGGUGUCUCAUCUCGGUGUCAAUGUAAAUGAAAAAGCGACUUCCAUGCAACUUAGUGCACUUCAUUAUGCAGCCAAGGUCUGGUGAUUUAAGUGAAUAAAGAUGCAAUAUUUUAAAUAUCA